ACUAUUAGCACUGGAGACAAAAUAGACUUCAGAGGACCUAACGGACUGCUUGUAUACACAGGAAAUGGUAAGUGUAUGUGGGUAUGUUUGUGUGCGUGCUUGCGUGUGAUCUAGUCAUUCUAGUAAGGUGUGUACCAUGCUGUGCUUCAUCAUGGCAUUAUAAUUGUGUGACCAAUAGAGGGCAAUGUAAUACAAUGCAUCAACCCUUUCUCAACUUACUCAGCUCUUUUAAAACCUAAUUUAAACACAUUUCUCAAAAUAUUAAGGCAAAUUUGCCAUUCAACCUGAUAAGAAGUCUGAGGCCAAGGUCCGCAAAUUUAAACAUAUGGGAAUGAUCGCUGGUGGAACAGGUAGGAACCUCAUGUUUUUUAAAUGUAUGUGUCAAGUAUUUAUUUAGAAAUACGUGGGUAGCAUAAAUCCUUCUUCCUUCAGAGGAAAACAUGAUUUGUAAAAACUGUUUCUCUUAGCAUAAGUCAUGUGCUCUGAGUUGAAAACUGCAAAUUGGCUUAAAAGUCUGGGUGCUUUUUCACGGAUGCUGAAGCUGAUUCGCAGUAUUACAGCACACCCUACAGACGACACCAAGUGCUCCCUCAUAUUCGCUAACCAGGUCAGUCUCACCGGCGCACAGGGAAUAGUCACAUCCCACACAGUAUUAAACCAUCACGGUGGAUUGUCAAUGAAGUGGACACAGAGCUUGUCCAAUGAAAAUCAUCUGAAGGUAGACAACCAAGAUCAAUGUCUCACCUUUAGUAUGGUUUAACAAGACUCAAUAACAUACUGUAGCAGUUGAAGCACUAGCAAAUGUAAACAUUUUUCUAAUUAUGUUCUUUUGUCCCCCAGACUAAGGAUAUUCUACUGCGGGAGGAACUAGAGGAGGUGCUGAAGAGUCACUCUGACCAACUCAACUUGUGGUUGACUCUAGACAAGCCUCCACAGAGUAAGACAAUAGUAUGCCAUAAUGAAAAAGAUAAAGGUAGAGGGUUGUCAUGGGCUAACACCAUUGAAUCAUUUGUGUUGGACUGCAAGAAAGCAGUUUUACCAUGCUGUCUUACCAUAUUAUAACACCUUUUGUAUGGACUGACUGACUGACUGACUGACUGACUGACUGACUGCUGGAGAAGAACAAAAAAAUCCCCAAAGGUACACCUGCAGCAACACUUUUUAACUGGUUUGUUACUGAUGUAAGCUGUAAACUGAUUGAAUGGAAAUCCUUCCCCCUCCAAUCAUAUCCCAAUAUCACUAUGAUCUAAAUGUUCUAUUUGGAUUAUGUUUUGCCAUGUGACCCGCCAGCUAUACUGUAGUUUCCUCAUAUGGUACAGUAUGCAAAUGAGGCUCCAGCUAAUUGUCUAUCCUGGCACUCAUCCGUUAGUUCCACAUAAAAGAAACACGUCUUCGCUAACAGGGUGUGAUCAUUUAAUUGGCCUGCAGGGCUGAUCCUUAUCUGUUGAUUAAAAACGGUUGAAUUCAGCUCGUGUUUUCCUCUGAUUACAGACUGGAAGUACAGCUCAGGGUUUGUGAAUGCUGAUAUGAUGAAAGAGCACCUUCCCCCGGCAUCCAACGAUGUGCUCAUUGUC